UAGUGACUUCCCUUGCAUGGCCGUCGGCUGCUGUAGAAACAAAUUUUGAUACAGAUCAACUCUGGAAAGGAAAAGGAGGUAACAGAUCAGAUACGCAUUUUUUGUGUGUUUCUGCUGGCGGUGGAAAUCAUGCCUAGAGGAAAAGAUGCCACCUCAUUGAAACAGUUAUGUCUUAAGAAUAUUGUUCAGAACUUUGACAGGACAUAUGGAUCUCACUAUGAUAGACAUCUUAGUGAUGUUCCGCGGCUGUUGUAUGUAAUUGGACCUUUUGAAAACUUGCCUGGAGAAUUGUGUCAAGACAUCAUUCACUUGAUUAUACAGCAUCGCAUACUGCAUAGAGCACAUCUUCAUCUGUUGUUGCUGCCACAAGUAACACAUGUUAACUUUAGUGGCGGCUCUACAACCACGGUCUCUGCACUAGCUCUUGAAAUACUGUCCCUUCAAUGCAGGAAUCUGGUGUCCUUGAAUCUUUCCAACUGCCUUUCAUUAUCACCAAGAGCCAUAACACAGUGUGUGACAAAUCUCCCUUUGCUUUCACAAUUGAUACUCAAACGGACCAAAGCAAAUGACAGUGUGAUGAAGAUCAUCGCAACAUCUCUUUCACAGCUAACUCACCUAGAUCUUUUUGCUUGUCCUGUCACCAGCAAGGGUGCAGAAUGGUUGUGUGGUGAUGGUGAAGACUUUGAGCCUGUCUGCACUAAUCUGAUCAAACUGGACAUUAGUGCUACUGAAAUAGACAUUCCAGGGUGCUGCGCUAUAAUUCGAGCAUUCCCCAAACUGCGACAUCUCAGCUUUGCAGACACAAUAGAAGCUGUGGCUGUGCUUCACAGUGGCAAAUAUGACAGAUUGAAAAAAAGAUGUGAAAAUGGUCUAAACAAUACUGAAUCAUCCAGUGCCUCUAUGGUCUUUGCAGAUCAACACCAGCUGCAGAUUCUGCAUGCCACUGCUUUAAAAUGUCGCCAUAUCAGUCCAGAGAGUGUUCAGGUUGCAUGUGUUUACUGCCCUUACGUCCGGGAGGUUUACUUCUAUCAGCAUGCAUCCAACGUUUCACUAAAUUAUCUUGCAUCACUCCAACACCUUGCAGUGCUGGAGGUCACCAGCGACCAGCCUGGGGAGGUAACAUUCCAUGAGGGUUUACUUCCUUUGCUACAUGCUCGGGGUGAAGGAAUGAUUGGCCUGGGACUUUAUGACAUACAGGAUGUGGAUUUAGGGAAGGUGGGCACGAUGUGUCCUUCACUUCAGCGCCUCAAGAUAGUCUCCAUGUUUGAAGAUGGUGAUUUCUCUAGUUCUUUUAUGCUAGCUUCUCAGAUGCAAACAGCCUUCUGUCAUCUAAGAAAACUGACCAUUAUUAUUGGCACCGACAUUACUCGGCUAGACAGAGAAGACAUGCAACAUUUACUUCUAAAUGCAUCGUUGCUAGAGGACUGCCACAUGAUCAAUGUACAGUGUCUCACAGAUGACACCUUAAUCUUGGCUCUUUCACGGCAUGGUUUUCAGUAUUUGCAGGAAAUGCAAUUGGAAGUGUGUAACAGCAUUACCAGUGAAAGUCUUACACAACUUGUCCACAGCAACAACCCUUUGUCCUCACUGUCAAUAAAAAAUUGUGAAAAUGUUACCUACCAGGACUAUCAAGAUUUGAUGAGCCAUGUCUCACAAGCCUGUUUAAACCUGACAAUUAACUGGGAAUGAAUUUCCUAAUUUGUUUCUUGCAGACUGUUGAGUAUUUGGUGUUUGGAGAUAUCAACUAGCUAGUGCAUGUUAAAAAAAAAAUUGAUGAGCAAAUUAUUUAAAUGUUUUAAUAUUUUUUAAUGUUUAUAAAUUAUUGGUCAUUCUUCAGGAACAGAAACCAAUUUUAACUAUGUGAAUUUAUCAGCUCAAAGUUUGCAUAGAGAUUUAAGAAUUUAAGAUUCGAUCAUGCUUUUAACUGUAAUUUUAGACUGUUAGGUAGCCAGUUGAAUCAAGCCAAAAGCAAAUUCAAAGGAAAAAGGUACAGGAAAUUUGAUUAUAAUAAUUUUUAAUACAGCAUGUUUUCUUUUUAUUUAAUUAUAAUCAUGUUAUUGCUGAUCUGCAUGUGCAAGAAAACAAUUUUUAUCUGUCAGCAUUUGCUAAUUUCCGUUAACACCAAAUGACAUUUUGGAUUGCUGGUUCUGAGCACCUUGUGCACUUGAUAAAAGCAUCUUUAAAAAAAUUAAAAUCUAGCCAACAUCAUAACCAUUUUCAAA